AUGGAUGAGCUUUUCUGCAAUAUCGUUGCAAUGAUGCAGCCAACCUCACCCGAGAUUCUCCGGGCCACGCCGGCAUUUGAGACUUUGCGCUGCCUGGCCCGGCCUCUACGCAGUCGAGACGGCGACUUCUUCGGACGGAGCCAGGUGACUACGAGCAUUGGUUCAUUUUGGUCCCAUAGUUGGCACGGGUCGACAUGGCAAAAGAUCGCCUUCGUUUUCUUUUUGAACAAUGGUCCUGCAGCUGCAGCUGUAGGCUCGGCUUCGGCUGUUCUGGGAGGGGUGCUCUAUUGCUACAGGAUCUUGCCCAGCAUUUUUGGGCACCUGGGGUGGUGCUCGAUCUUUGCCACAUUCACGUAUAUCUUCACCUUGCUUUUCUGGCGAAGUCGGCAACUGGUUUUCCUCGACAGGAUCUGCAUCUCAGAUGACGAACAGCUCAAAGCAGAGGCGAUGCUCAGUCUGGGUGCUUUCUUAAGACACUCUGACGCUAUGCUCGUCCUGUGGGAUCCAACAUUCAUGGACCGUUUGUGGUGCAUUCUAGAACUGGCCGCCUUCUUGCACAGUCGGAAAGCAGGCUCCAAGAUCAGGCUUGACAUCCGCCCUACGCUGUUAGGCCCCUUACUUCAAAUUACCGUCUUUUCUCUGAUCCUCUUUAACGCUGUAACCACGUUUGCUUGGGUCCUCAUAGAUGGCUUCUGGUACUUUUGGCUGGUCGUUCUGCUGCUGUCAAGUGUGAACUUCUGGCUCACAGCUCACAUGGGUCGUGAUUACUGCCGAACUAUAGAGAAAGUGCGAGACGAUAUUGCAGCGUUCAGUGUUGACAAGUUGGUGAGUUGGUGUUGUUGCGUGGGGCACAAAGAUCCAGCAUCUGGAUUGCCAGUGGCAUGUGACAGGAAGAUCAUCUUGCAAUGCAUGCAAAUAUGGUUUGGCACCAUGGAAGCCUUCGAGCGUCGAGUACGGUCAGAUGUCCUGGGAAUCCUUGUGGAUCAGCUCUCCAAUCAGGUCAUUUCUUACCGGCAGCUGGUAACCGUCACGGUGCCCAUAUUCUGGGGAUACCUGGAUGUUGUCUUUGACCGCUUCAGGGCUGGUGACUAUGCGGCGGGCAUGCACAGCCUGAUGCGUGGAUUGACAUACAGCUUUGCUAUGUCUCCGUCCCUGAUACUACUGCUUUUCCGGCUGGCGUACUAUUUGCGGAGGCAGCGCAGCCUGUACCUGCUGGAGUUGCUCACGUCUGCGCUUGUCAUUCUUUGUGGUCUUUGUCUUUUCGUGUGCUUUGUCGCGUGGGAUUUGUCAACUUUCACAGUGUUGCAGCCGGAGGCUCCAAUCGUAGCCGGGUUGCUCUUUUGUGUGCCCACAGUGGCUGUGGCACUGGUGGUGUGGAUAGUCGUGCCCAAGAUCAAACUUCUCUAG